CUCCAUCCCAGAGCCUUUAUAAGUAGAGGGACUAACCAUCUUCUGCCUGGAACUUCAGCUUCUGUCCAUCUUCGAGUAUCUUCAUACCUGCAAAGACUCUCCUACUACCAGCUGGCAGUCAUGAGAAUCCUUUUCUUCCUUGUUGCUGUUCUCUUCUUCCUCUUCCAGGCUGCUCCAGCUUACAGCCAAGAAGCUGCUGACACCUUAGCAUGCCGGCAAAACCGGGGUUCCUGCUCAUUUGUUGCAUGCUCUGCUCCUCUGGUUGACAUUGGGACCUGCCGUGGUGGGAAGCUGAAAUGCUGCAAAUGGACACCCAGUUCCUAAAACUGACACCUCACUGACCACACAGACAAGAGCUCUUCGUAUCUGAGACAUCUCCCAUUUUUGACAUCAAUGGAUCCCAGCCUCGGUGCAAACCUGGGAGCCUUCCCAUGGGGCUGAAGACCCUUAGGAGCACAAGAAGACCUGAGGAGGAGUUCUUGUACCCCGAUAAAGAGAUUUGCAGUUUCAAUUCUAAUAAAAGCAAGUUACUGUGAAACCA